AGCAAAACAUAAAAAGUAAAGCAAACGACGUCGUCAUGAUUCCCGGAACCAAUGUCACUGAUUCAACAAACACACUAUCAUCACUUUUUUCUAUAGAAUUAAAAUAAAAUCAAUCUCAUUUUUUCAUUGCUUUCAAAUACUAAUCACAAAUCUCUCUCACACACAUUCACUCACAUAAUUUUCAAUGCGAUCAUUAACAUUAACGCCGCAAACAAUGCCGGAAACCUCCGUCAAUUUCCGUGCACCACCUCCAUCUCCGGUUGCUUCUGGUCGUAGAUCAACCGUAACAAACAACGAAUUUCUAACAGAGUUUUUAGAAACCUCACUUCGAGUUCCAGAUCUAGUUUUACCUGACAAGAUUUUUCCUAAACAGAUCCAUCACGAAACUCCACCGAAAGUCGAUUUCGUUUCGUUGUGUUUUCACAAAGAUGAAGAUUUAAUCGACGUUGUUUCGGAGUCCAUAGCUAGAUUCGGAUGCUUUCAACUUCUCAAUCACGGGAUUUCGCAGCAACUAAUGGCUGCUGCAGUUGAGGCUGCCGGAGGAAUAUUUUUGGUGCUGCCGGGAAAGAGAGACGCCGUGACGCGGUCGCCGGAGAAACUUUGGGGUUUUGAAGAGUAUCGUGAAGGAGAAGAGGAGAGAAGUGAAUUGAAUGAAGAAUUUAUUUGGCGCAAGGAUGAAGAGUUGAAGUUGAAAAUGGAGGGAAUUUGGCCUAUUGGAUAUCCUAAUUUUAGCAAGAAGAUGGAAACUUUACACUCACGUGUGGAGAAGGUGGCAGACAAAAUUUUGCCUAUCAUAUUGAAAAAUGCUCCUAAGAAAUUAACAAGUAAUGGUGAUAUAAUUGGUCAUGGAAAUGAAGUUGGGACACUAUGUUGCAUUUACAAACAUCGCCAAGAUAUUAAUAGGAAUAAUCAAUGGGUUGAUUCUUUGAAAUAUGAUGUGAUUAGAAUGCUGAUUAGGGGAACUGAUUACUCACAUUCUUUGUGUUUGCAUGUGUGUGAUGGCUCUUCAGAGUUUCAUGUUUACUCCAAGAAAAGUUGGCUGUCUUUCUGUCCUGAACAAGGUGCCCUUGUAAUCACUGCUGGAGAUCAAAUACAGGUAUUGAGUGGUGGGCACUACAAGGAUGUAAUUGGAAAGGCAAUCUUUAAAGGUGAAAGAGAAGACAAUAUUUCAAUGGCUUUCCUCUAUUCUCCUCAAAACACCAAGAGAAAAAUUCAAACCAAUACAGAAAGACCUAUUUCACUUAGCCAACAAGCCAUCUUGGCUGUAAUUUUGAACCUUAUGUACCAUGUCCUAAUUUUUGUCUUGAAAAAAGUUUGAUGUUUUCAUAGUACAUGAACUUGAUGAAAUACAAAUACACACAUUCAUACUAAGUUCACAUACAUACUUGCACACUCUUCACUUGUACAAUACUGAUCCUGAUUAAGAGUGUAGUUGGAAGAUUUGUUUGUUUUA